GGCAGGAAAAAGCACCCCAAGAGAGGGGUGGAGCACCCAUUGACCAAAAGGAAAACUCAGGCAAGUUACAAGCUGCAAACGGUGUGAACAGCAAAGGACGAUGGGAACGCCAGCUCGGCCUCUUUCCGUUGUCUGGGAGUCAAGGUGGUUACGCAGCUCGGAGUUCGUCCGUGGCUGUGGCUCGCCUGGCCUCUGCCCUUAACCUUGUACUUCCUACCUCCCUUACGCUUCCUUCUGCGUCAGUCUCUCGGCCCCUCUGAGACCACCAGUAAGGCCCUGAAAGCUCCUUUUGGCUCGCCCCGGCUUUGAGUCCCGUCUCCUCUGCCAGAGGCCCCACCCCCUCCGCGCUACGAUCUUGGUUCCGUUCCCCUGGUGGUCUAGGGUUAGGCUGCGGGAUCCAGCCGAACCGCGGCAGGGCAAUAGAGCAGCCGGAAGCGGCCUUUCUUUCCCAGAAUCGCAGUGCCUUGUGGGACCGUGGCCGGUUAUUCCGGUCCAGACAGGUUUUCCGGAUAUCUUCACCCCGCCUCCCUCGUCAAGUACGGGAGCUGAGAGGGUCCGAGGGCAACCAUGGCGGCGCACCUAAAGAAGCGGGUGUACGAAGAAUUCACUAAGGUGGUUCAGCAACAACAGGAGGAAAUUGCUACUAAGAAACUCCGACUGACAAAACCAAGUAAAUCUGCAGCACUCCACAUAGAUUUGUGUAAAGCUACCUCCCCAGCAGAUGCUUUGCAGUACCUACUUCAGUUUGCCAGGAAGCCUGUUGAGGCAGAAAGUGUGGAGGGGGUAGUCAGGAUUCUCUUGGAACAUUAUUACAAGGAGAAUGAUCCAUCUGUGAGACUGAAAAUUGCAUCGUUAUUGGGUUUAUUGUCAAAGACUGCAGGAUUUUCACCAGACUGUAUUAUGGAUGAUGCCAUUAACAUCCUGCAGAAUGAAAAGUCUCAUCAAGUCCUAGCUCAACUGUUGGACACUUUGCUUGCAAUAGGCACUAAACUCCCAGAGAAUCAAGCUAUCCAGAUGCGAUUAGUUGAUGUAGCUUGCAAGCACCUGACAGAUACCUCCCAUGGUGUAAGAAAUAAGUGCCUGCAAUUACUUGGCAAUCUUGGCUCUUUGGAGAAAAGUGUCGCAAAAGAUGCUGAAGGUCUACCUAUCAGAGAUGUCCAGAAGAUUAUAGGGGAUUACUUCAUUGACCAAGACCCGCGUGUCAGAACAGCAGCUAUAAAAGCUAUGUUGCAGCUCCAUGAAAGAGGACUGAAAUUACACCAAACAAUUUAUAAUCAGGCCUGUAAAUUGCUCUCUGAUGACUAUGAACAAGUGCGCAGUGCUGCAGUCCAGCUUAUCUGGGUUGUCAGUCAGCUCUAUCCUGAAAGCAUUGUCCCAAUCCCUUCUUCUAAUGAAGAAAUUCGCUUAGUUGAUGAUGCAUUUGGAAAAAUUUGUCACAUGGUCAGUGAUGGCUCCUGGGUAGUUCGAGUUCAAGCUGCAAAGUUACUGGGCUCUAUGGAGCAAGUCAGUUCUCAUUUCUUGGAGCAGACGCUUGACAAGAAGCUGAUGUCAGAUCUGAGGAGGAAGCGCACUGCACAUGAGCGUGCCAAGGAGCUUUACAGUUCGGGGGAAUUUUCCAGCGGCAGAAAGUGGGGAGAUGAUGCUCCCAAAGAAGAAGUAGAUACAGGGGCUGUGAACUUGAUCGAGUCAGGAGCUUGUGGAGCCUUCGUUCAUGGAUUGGAAGAUGAGAUGUAUGAGGUCCGCAUUGCAGCUGUAGAGGCUCUCUGCAUGCUGGCCCAGUCGUCACCCUCUUUUGCUGAGAAGUGCCUUGAUUUCCUGGUUGACAUGUUUAAUGACGAAAUUGAGGAAGUACGUCUGCAGUCCAUACAUACUAUGAGAAAAAUCUCCAACAAUAUUACCCUCCGAGAGGAUCAGUUAGACACCGUCCUGGCUGUGUUAGAGGAUUCAUCUAGAGAUAUUAGAGAGGCUCUUCAUGAACUCUUAUGCUGUACUAAUGUUUCAACCAAAGAAGGGAUUCAUCUUGCACUGGUGGAGCUGCUGAAAAAUUUAGCCAAGUACCCUACUGAUAGGGACUCCAUAUGGAAAUGCUUAAAGUUUCUGGGAAGUCGACAUCCAACCCUGGUGCUUCCCUUGGUACCAGAGCUCUUGAGCACCCACCCGUUUUUUGACACAGCUGAACCAGACAUGGAUGAUCCAGCUUACAUUGCAGUUUUGGUUCUUAUCUUCAAUGCUGCGAAAACCUGUCCAACAAUGCCUGCAUUGUUCUCAGAUCAUACCUUCAGGCACUAUGCCUACCUCAGGGACAGCCUUUCUCAUCUUGUUCCUGCCUUGAGAUUACCAGGUAGAAAACUAGUGUCAUCAGCUGUUUCCCCCAAUAUCAUGCCUCAUGAGGAUCCUUCUCAUCAGUUCCUGCAGCAGAGCCUUGAAAGGGUGUACAGUCUUCAGCACCUAGACCCUCAGGGAACCCAGGAGCUGCUAGAGUUUACCAUCAGGGAUCUGCAAAGACUUGGAGAACUUCAGUCUGAAUUGGCAGGGGUAGCCGACUUCUCUGCUACCUACCUUCGGUGUCAGCUUCUUCUCAUUAAGGCCUUACAGGAAAAGCUGUGGAAUGUGGCUGCCCCUUUGUAUUUGAAGCAGAGUGAUUUGGCCUCAGCUGCAGCAAAACAGAUCAUGGAAGAGACCUAUAAAAUGGAGUUCAUGUACAGUGGUGUGGAGAAUAAGCAGGUGGUGAUUAUACAUCACAUGAGGCUGCAGGCCAAAGCCUUGCAACUUAUAGUAACAGCACGAACUACUCGAGGAGUUGACCCCUUAUUUGGGAUGUGUGAAAAAUUUUUACAGGAAGUGGACUUUUUUCAGAGGUGUUUCAUCGCUGAUUUGCCCCACCUGCAGGACAGCUUUGUGGACAAACUUCUUGACCUUAUGCCUCGACUCAUGACUUCCAAACCUGCAGAAGUAGUCAAAAUUUUACAGACCAUGCUGCGGCAGAGUACUUUCCUGCAUCUCCCCCUUCCAGAGCAGAUCCACAAAGCCUCAGCCACCAUUAUUGAGCCGGCAGGCGAGUCAGACAACCCUUUGCGGUUUACAUCUGGAUUGGUGGUGGCCCUGGAUGUCGAUGCAACCCUGGAACAUGUGCAGGAUCCUCAGAGCACCGUGAAGGUCCAGGUCUUAUAUCCAGAUGGCCAGGCUCAGAUGAUUCACCCCAAGCCUGCGGACUUCAGGAAUCCUGGCCCAGGGCGGCACCGGCUCAUCACUCAGGUGUAUCUCUCCCACACUGCCUGGACAGAACCAUGCCAAGUGGAAGUAAGGCUGCUGCUGGCCUAUAACUCCAGUUCACGCAUUCCAAAAUACCCCUGGAUUGAGGGCGGCGAGGUAUUACCCCAGGUGGAAACCAGCAUCGAGGGCACCAUCCCGUUCAGCAAGUCUGUAAAAGUUUACAUAAUGCCCAAACCAGCAAGGCGCUGAGGCUCAAGUGGUCUUUAUAGUCAUGGCCUAGAAGACCCUUGAGCCAGAAGCCUGGAGGAUUUCACCUGGAAAUGGUGUAUAGGCAUAAGGGGAAACAUGUGACCCUUAUAGUCUCAUCUGGUAUCAAACACAGGAUAAAUUAUUUUUCAUUAAGAAAACAAAAACCUUCAAGUCUGUCCUCUCUCCCCUAUCCUUCCCUGUAAUAAAGUUGAAAAAACACCAA